CAAACAAAUUAAUAUUCUUAUGUCUUGAGGUUGAACUUCCUAAAAUACGGAUAAAGUGUUCAUUCUUCAAGAUUCCUUUCCCUUGAAACUUACCAACAAAAUACUCUUGGACUAAGAAACUGAGGAGAGAGAGAGAGAGAGAGAGAGAGAGAGAGAGAGAGAGAGAGAGAGAGAGAGAAAGUGAAAGAGAAAAAAAUGAAUUCAUCCAAAUCAUCUGCAUCACAGGGCACAGAGAGAGGAUGCUUCUCUUCCCAAAUCUUCUCAUGGACUGUUGCUGGAAUCUCUAUCAUACUACUCAGUGCCUGUUUUAUCACUAGAUGUGUUGUGACAUAUCACAUCUUUCAACUCUGUGCUGAGAAAAAGGUCCAGCCAUAUGAGGAGUUCGUGGAAUUCAACUGCUACAAUAAUGUAUCAGGUUCAGUCAAGAAUUGCUGUCCAUUGAGCUGGAUACAUUUUCAAUCUAGCUGCUACUUUUUUUCUACUAACACCCUAACCUGGUCAGAAAGUGUGAAAAACUGCUCAAGCAUGGGAGCUCAUCUGGUGGUUAUCAACUCAGAAGAGGAACAGGAAUUCCUUUUCCACACGAAACCUAAAAAUAGAGAGUUUUAUAUUGGACUAACGGACCAGGUGAUUGAUGGUCAAUGGAAAUGGGUAGAUGGCACACCUUUCACGGAGUCUCUGAGCUUCUGGGCUGAAGGGGAGCCCAACAACUUAGUUACAGUGGAGGACUGCGCCACCAUAAGAGACUCUAGAAACCCUAGGCAAAACUGGAAUGAUAUGGCCUGUUUCUUAAAUAUGUUUCGGAUUUGUGAAAUGCCAGCAAAAAAUAUUUUGAACAAAGAAAAGUCUUCAAGAACAGAAGGCGCAACUUAAAUGUAUAGGUGAGGAGGACCUGGAACAUGAACACAGCCGCAACUCCAACAUGAGCAACGUGUGCCUUGUACUUCAGAAGGGCUUCAUACGUGUUUGUUGCUUUGAUGUAAAUAAGAAUAAAUAUUUUUGAAUGUUAUUA